AUGAAAUCUCUUUCACUUUUAAUUUUUGAAUAUUUGAAAAGCAAAUACUAAAAUGUGACAACCAAGCAGAUUAAGUACAAAUACCAUUUAGAAAUGGAACAAGGGGAAUGCGUGAACAUGCUAAAUAAAAGUGACAACAAAGUUAAAAGUACUUUGAUCAAUUUUACAAUCCUGAGCUUGUUUCUCAAGUAAUUUGAGAGAAUUGGCGUUGUUAUUUAUUUCAUAGUCAUGAUACUUCAUUACGCAGUUUUUGGGGCAACCGAAGAAGAUGUUGUUGUUUACGUGCUUCCGCUAACAAUGCAUUUCGUCCUAUAGAUAUCAAAAGCACUCUACUUUGACCAUAUAAAGAGGACACAAGAUGAUGUAGUUAAUAAUAGAAGAGUCACGCGCUUUCGUAAACUAAGAAAAGAUAAACCGAAAUACCUAGUAACAUAAUAAUAACAGCAGUAAUCUUCAUUUAAAAAACCUAAAAUAUCAUUAUAUGAGAAUUGUUUUUGGGGAUGCGUCGAACAAGGUGAUAUAAUAUAUCUAAAACGCAACGAAGUGUGUCCAGCAGAUAUGCUUUUGCUUGAUGUUUCAGACGAAAUUCUAUAAGUACAAACCCAAAACUUCUAGGGACUAACUUUAGAUUAAACCAGAUAACCAACGUAAUUAACUAUGUUAAAAAAUGGGAGAAACAGAAUUCAGGGCUUCGAUUACAAAAAGUUGCUCACAGGAUCAAUUUAAUAUAAUAUUACUGAAUCAUAGAUAAAUGGAUUUAUAAAAUUAAAAAAGGAUCCUAAGGGGGAAUAUUUUGAUAACAAAAACAUUAUUUUCAGAGAGGAACAAAUCAGAACCUGUUAAUAUGUAAUUGGAAUAGUCUUGUAAACAGGGAAUAACUGUUUUUGUUAUUUGAACAUGAAGAAAUCUGAGAAGAAAUCAUUUUUUGUUUAAAAGUCUAGUAUGUUCUUUGCCCUGACUCUGGGCAUUUCAUUAAUAGUUUCUCUGAUCAGUUGGUUUUUGGCAUCGUUUGCUGCUUGUUUACCUUAUAAUUAAGCGGAUUUUAAUACUCCAACUCUAAUAUUCUAUCUAUUGCAGUAUUUAAAAACAACACCAAUCUAUUUCUAUAACUGUAUAGAUUUGAUUGAAGUUAUUAAUGCUCACAUAAAAUAUACAAAUUACACAGGGUACAAGAGUACUAAUAUAGAUUAUUUAUAACUAAAUCCUGUGUCUGUAGGAGACAUGGUAAUGACAGAGUUUGUAUGUUUUGAUAAGACAGGCACAAUUACUAAUGGGGAGUAGAGGAUUCAUGCAAUAAUAGUUGAAGAUACGAUGUAUAAGUUUAAUCACAAUAACAUGAUUAAGAAUCAGUGGAAUACAUUUAAGGAUCAAUUGUAGAAUUAAAUAAAAAAUGAUCCGAACUUUUAGAUUGAAGAAAUAGAUGAAUCAGAUGCAGAUGUACAAUCGAAAAAGGUAAGACAUACUGGAAUAUUUAAAUUAACGUUGUAGCACUGGAAUUCUAAGAAGAUGUCUAGUUGUGAUUUUAAUAAAUCAGAACUAGCAUCAAGUAGGAGCAUAGCAAAUCCAUUAGAUGAGAUGGAGGUAGAAAUAGAAAAUAUGAGAGUAGAAGAGUUUGAUGACACUCAUUAUAAAGUUACACCUGAAUUAUGCAAUGUAAAACCAAGACCUUUUUUCAAUAAGAAGGCUAUCGUAACAGCACCUGUACAAGUGGUUGGAGUUAGUUAAGGAGGGAUAAGUUAGUCAUAGGAGGAAGAAUUACUGAUUAAACAGCAAUCUUAUAAGGAAGACCAGAAAUCUUUUGAAAACAGCAGAUCAAUUAGGAGUAAGAAAUUUUUAGAGCAUUCUUAAUCCGAUAUGAAAAGAUAAUAUAGUGCAAAAAAAUCAUUUUAAUUGGACAAAGCCAUUGAAGAAGAGGUCGAAAUAGUUUAUCAUGGAGAGAAUGAAUUCUAUAAGCAUCUUAUUCACGGAUAGAAUAAGUUAAUGUAUUAAGAAUCCGUUUUGUCGCUUUUACUUUGUUAAGAAAUAGUAUCAAGAUAUUCUCCUAGUGAAGAUUAAUUUAUGCAUGAUUCAUCAUCAUACUCAUUUGAUUAAGAAGUACUGAGAUUUGUAGGUCUGCUAGAUAUUAAGUUUUUAUGUUGUAAUGAAUACAAUGGGAAGGUUAUUUACAUUGUGGAUUUCUUUGGAGAAGUAUUGGAAUUUUAAGUUAUGGCUGUAUAUCAUAAUGGAAGCAAUUAGUUAGGAAUACUGGUGCUCUAUCCAGAUAAACUAUAAGAGAAGUUCAUGUUAAUAAAUGAGCAGGAUCCAAUGGAAAGUCUUUAAUAUAUAUUUAUUUUGAGAGAAGAAACAAACCAAUUACCUGUAAAUAUUGAUGUGGAUAAAUCCAGCAGAGAAUACUGGGAUAAAGUAUUCCAAAAGUUGCAUAUGAGUGGAAUGAGAUCAGUCAUUUACUCAAAGGUGUAUCUGAAGGAGAAGGAUGCUAGCAUUUUUAUGUCUCGAUUCUAAGGUGAAGAAGGAAUGUCUGCAUUUCAAUAAAUCUCAAAAGAUAUGCAAAUUGUUUAAGUCAUUGGAGUCAAAGAAUUAAUAAGAAAAGACACCAAAAUGUUAAUAAAUCAAAUGAAAUCUGCCGAACUCAGUCUUUAUAUGUUGAGUGGAGAUGAAUUAACAAGAGUCUUACCAGUAGCAUUCAAAUCCAAAAUACUCAAUCAAAACGAUAUUCUGUUAUAUCUAGACAAUGAGAAUGCUAGAGUGGUUAUCAAGAAUCAUUUAACCAUCCUUUCACAGUCCUUAAAAUUAGAUGAAUCAUGGGGUUCAAGACCAAUGAGAAUGAGUACUCUUGAUAGACAUCAUCGAACACUAACCUUGGAGGAAAAGUAAGCUGUCUAUCCUGAAGUCAAAUCAUAUAGUAUCAUAUUGAGUGGAGAAUAUUUCAACACUAUUUUAUAGGACAGUUCCUUAUUAAGUCAUUUCUAAUUUCUUCUUUAUUUUAGCAACUCUUUAAUAGCUUAUAAAAUGGAUUAAAAGUAAAAAGCUACUAUCAUUCAAAUCAUAUAGACUCAAUUCAUAGGCAAUAAAAGAGUUCUGGCUGUUGGUGAUUCAUACAAUGAUAACUAUAUGUUCUGCUAAUCAAAUAUAGGAGUUCAAUAUUGUCACUAUCCAAUUUAAAUCCAAUAAUAUCAAAGAGGAAGUACCAAGUUGAAACUCAAUCGUAAAGUUACUUCAAAUAAAUCACUGGAUAAUCCUUUGAAUCGAAAAUUCCUAUUAAAUGAAAUGUGGGUUGUUCCUACAUCAGAUAUUUGUCUCAAAGAUUAUCUAGAUUUGAGUGGCUUGAUGUUCUUUGAAAGUCGAAUUUUCGCAGAAGUCUACGAUGAUUUAUUAGUCUUUUCUUUCUAUAGAUCCUUGCUCAUAAUUUACAUUUUAUUUUUUCUAUAUGCAACUUAUUGUAGUUAGAAUCAAACUAUAUUUACAGGGGCUUGGUUGACUGUUUAUUAGAGUAUUUUACUGUUUAUCUAAUAAAUAGUGAGUCUAAAAUCAAAGUUAGAUCGAUAAUAUGACAAGGAUUCAAUCACUUAUAUAGAACAAUUCAAACACAAUAUUAAGAUUUUCAAAAAGAAGAAAAUUUUGUCAUUCAUCUUGAAAAUUAAUGGAAAUGCCAUGUUGGAUGCUGCAUUAUUCUAUUAAUCAUUACAAAUAGUAGAUGAAAUCUAAUUUGACACCUUGAAAUAAAUGGUAUUAAUACUCUUGAUCUUAAGUGACAUUGUAAAAUUAGUGGUAUCUACGGCUUAUUCCAAAUAUACAUGGAUAACUUUUAUUGCAACUUACUUAAUAUGUUGGUUGAUGACUUCAAUCUUAUCUGCUUAUUUUCAAAAUAUGGAGAGCUUUUUAGAAUUGUUUACAGUGUCUUCAACAUGGUUGGCUUUCAUUUAUUAUGGUUUUACUUAAUUUUGCCUAAGCAAUGUAAUUGAAUACAUUCAACCAUUAUUUUGUUCAUCUCUAAUUGAUAAGGCUUAAUUUUAAGAAGUGUAGAUCUAUCUGUAAAAGGCAUAGAAAAAUGGAGCAAAGAGAUAUCACAAUCUUAUAAAAAGAUUCGCUUAGUUGGCUGGGAAAGUAUUUAAGAAAAACAAAGAUGAAAUGGAUAUAUCUAUAUAAGACAUAAUUUGUGAGUUGAAAGUAAAUCAAGAUAGAAUCAAUAAAUUUACUUUAAGAUUCUUAAAUAAAGAUACUGAAAUGAAGUUUAAAAGACUAUCAAAAUUAAUUUGGAUUCAAUUUGAAAGAAUCAAACUAGGAUUGUCUCUUAUAUUUUUGGAAGUCUUUGCUUUGAUGAUCUAUUCACUCACUUAUAGAUAUGAAAUUCAAUCUUAAACCUAUUUUAUAAUCUACAUUUUAAGUAUAAGCAGUUAAGUAAUAAUGCAAAUAAUAAUCUGUUCAGGAAUUUACUUGAAACAUUUUUUUUAAAUUAAUCUAAUCAUUGCAUGCAUCAGAUUGCUUACAAAGAUGAUUUCAGACUUUUAAUAAGAAGGAAACUAUGAUAUCCUAUUAAGUUAAUGUUAUAUCUUAAUCAUUAUAUUCUCAAGGUUGCACAUCCCACUAUUAAAUUUUAUCAUAGCUACUUUGUCUGUUGUCGGGUUCCUAAGAAAGUUUAGUUUUGGAACUGAUUACUACAAAAUAAUAAACGGAGAUUUAAUAGUUUUAGUCACAUUGAUCUUAUUUAUAUCACUUUAGUAUAAAUUGCAUAUGAUGGAAAAGUAAGAUUUUAUGUUGGCUGCAACUCUUAAUCAAGAAACUACGUCAAUGACUAAUGUGUUAUCAAUUUUAUUACCGAAAUUUAUUAGAGAUAGAAUCAAUGCAAAGGGAGUGUUUGAGAUAUAAGAAAAUUAAGGGGAAGUUUCAAUUUUAUUUUGUGACAUUUGUGGAUUUGAUGAUCUCAUUGCUGUCGAAAAAGAAAACAUUGUUAAUUUAUUAGAUAGCUUAUUUAGAGGAUUUGAUGGCUUAUGUGUCUCAAAUGGAAUGCAAAAAAUAGAAACAGUUGGAAAGACAUUUAUGGCAGCUGGAGGUUUAAAGGCCGUCGAUUAGGGAACUAAAUUCAUCAAUCAAAGUGCAGUAAAGAGAGCUGUUUAAUUAUCUUUAGAAAUGAUGGAAUAUGCUAAAAAAUUCAAGUUUGGAUAAUCUGGCAACGUCAAAAUCAAAAUUGGAGUUCAUUAUGGCCGUGUCAUUGCUGGUGUGAUUGGUCAUCAUAAACCACAAUUUUCAUUAAUAGGUGACACUGUUAAUACAACAAGUAGAGUGUGUUCAACUGGUUAAGAUGGAGAAAUUACCCUCUCUAAUGAAGCUUACAUGGAACUAAAUAUGCCAGAUUUGUAAUUCAACUAGCUUAAAGUAAAUGCGAAGGGAAAAGGAGAAUUGAUUACUUGGCAAAUUGUAACCUCCAUAAAACGAAACACUGAUAAAAAAGUAAAAAAAAAGAAAGGGCUUGUUCCAAAAUUUGAUGCUUCUUAAUAAGAUAUGCCCACUCUAACCAAAAUGGAUCCUGUCACUCCUAAAACUGAUUUCAGAUAAUUGAAAGUCCCUUAAUAGAUUAAACAAUUUGAUGUAUAUCCUAAAGAGAACAAUGUAAAAAUGGAAAAAGAAUAGAAUGUAAAAAUGGAAAAAGAAUAGAAUGUAGAGAAUAAUACAACUAGUUUCAGUUUACUUAAAGAAUCUAUGUAAUCAAAGGAUAUUCAACCUUUAAGAAAAAGGGGUCAAAGAGGACCUACAUUGAUUAUGAAAGCUUAAGAUGGUUAAAAGAUUGCAGGUGCAAUACAAUUAUAACACUCUGGUAGUCAAAAUAAUAUUCAAAAUUAAAGCAAUAGAAAUUUACCACCUAUUGUUGUUUAUUAAGCAGAAGAAAGCGUUCAUUCUAAUAAUUUAAAAGAUGAAUCAUUUUUUGAGAAAAUUUAAACAAAUCUUCUUCAUGAUUUAUCCUAAAAAUUAAGAAGAGAUCUUUAUAUAGAAAUAUUAGAUGAAGCACCAGAUUAUGAAAUUGAAAUAGAAAAAAUAUCAUUUGAUGAAGAUGAACAAUUUAAAAGUGAAGAUUUAUAGUUAGAGAGGACUAAAUUCUAUUUGGAUUUCAAAGAUAGUUAAAAAGAAUUAGCAUAAGAAUUCAUGGAUUAGAAGGAGGGUAUAAAUAUUGUAUUUAUGCUUUCUUUACAUUUCAUUUAGUUCAUAUCAAAGACUAUUACACUAUUGUAUUUGUAACAUUUAUAGAAUUGGCUUCUAGUCUUUGUAAUUCGAUUUAUAGUUUCCAUCUUGCUAUUGAUCUUGGCUAUUUUGUAACACAAAAAAUUAAAGCAUACAUUUUACAAAUAUUAAUACUUCUUAAUAACUUACUUUGGCAUAUUAAUAAGUAUUCUUGUAGAAUUCCUUUUGAUGCCUGAAAAAUCAGUGGAAUUAUAAGCAGCAGAAGGAAUUUUAUUAAUUUGUUUCUUCUGCUCACUUUCAAUUAUUAAGAUUAAGUACAAGGUUUAUUUUAACCUUUGCCUCUUUAUCUCAUAAUUAUUGAUAGUAUUGAUUCAUUAUAAGGAUGGUGCAAUUGCAUAUUAUACUAUUUUUUAGAGUUGUAUGACAUUUAUAGUUCAAUAUCAUUUAUUUUUUUAGGAUUUAGGUACAUUCAAUAAUAAAAGAUCUUUAGAAUUAAAAAAACUAUAAACUUAAAAUUUAGUUAAAUAUCUAUUACCUACUCAUAUAUUAAAGCAAUUCUUAUCUAAUAGUAAUUAAAGAAUGGUUUUAGUAGAUUAAUUUGAAGAUGCUACUCUAUUAUUUGCAGAUAUAGCUGGUUUUACUGAAUAUUCAAGUAGAGUAGAACCAGAAUAAGUUGUGAAUAUGUUAAGGAAUUUGUUUACUGAGUUUGAUAAAAUAUGUUUAACAUAAAAUGCUUAUAAAUUAUAUACAAUUGGAGAUUGUUAUGUUGCAUUUGGUAUUGUAGAUGUUACAUAAAGAAAUCCAGCUUAAGAAGCUAAAAAUGUUGUUGAAUUAGGAUUUAAAAUGAUAGAUAUUAUUAGAUAAGUUAGAUCAAUUAUUGGAUUUGAUGGAUUAGAUAUGAGAAUUGGAAUACAUACAGGUAAAGUCAUUGGAGGAAUCUUGGGAACUGAAAUUGUUAGAUAUGAUGUUUAUGGGGCUGAUGUUAUGAUUUCUAAUAAAAUGGAAUCUAAUGGAGAAAGAGGAAAAGUGUAAGUCUCUGAAGAAACUAAAUAAUUACUAGAACAAUCAUAUCCAGAUCAGUUUUUGUUUACAUUCAAUAAAGAAGUAGAAUUUAAGUCCAUUAAUCGAAAAACUAAAGGAUAUUUUAUUGAUCCAAUCAAAAAUGAUAGCAAUCAAGAUUUUGAUGAUAUGAAUCACUUUUAAUUUGUUAAAGAUUUAGAAUAAUAUGAAAAUAGUGCACAAAAAUGA